UGAAUUUCCUCCGCUGUGUUUCGUGUGGUUUCGUGUGAACUCAACCGAACAAGUGUGAAUCCCUGGGAUCUACGGGCUGUGGAGAGAGAAGCCGCAGAGCCCUGCUACCCCUGUGCCGAGCCGUGAUUGCCUCUGGGCGUGGAGUUGUUCUCGAAGCUUGAUCGGAUUUUCCAGCUUGAGCUGAGGGAAAAUGUUUGGGACGGGUUGGAACACUGUGCGGGGGAUGCCCGUGGGAUUCUGGUUGUUGUUGGUGUGGUUGCCGGCCUUCGUAUCGCCCUUGUACUUUCAUAUUGCUGAGACCGAGCGAAAGUGUUUCAUCGAAGAGAUCCCCGACGAGACCAUGGUCACGGGAAACUAUAAGGUUCAACUGUACGACCCUCGUACCAACGGGUUUGCCCCCUCCAGUCCGGGGAUUGGCAUGCACGUUGAGAUCCGUGAUCCUGAUGAUAAAAUCAUCUUGUCCAAAGUGUACAGUUCCGAGGGUAAAUGGACGUUCACAUCACAUACUCCGGGUGAACACGUCAUUUGUUUGUACUCAAACUCCACCAAAUGGUUCUCAGGGACCCAAUUGCGAGUUCAUCUUGACAUUCAAGUUGGCGAGCAUGCCAUCGAUUACGCGAAUGUGGCUCAAAAGGAGAAAUUAUCUGAGCUCCAACUCCGCGUCCGACAGCUCUUGGACCAAGUUGAGCAAAUCACUAAGGAACAGAACUAUCAACGGUACCGGGAAGAGCGAUUCCGUCAAACGUCGGAGAGCACGAAUCAACGUGUGCUGUGGUGGAGUUUAGGACAAACUUGCAUUCUCGUGGUCAUGGGAGCCUGGCAAAUGCGACAUUUGAAGAGUUUUUUCGAAGCGAAGAAGCUCGUGUAACGAGGACAUUCCAUCAAGGACACAUACUUUCAACGUCCAAAGAGUGCUUGUGCGAGUGUGUAACAGCUGUGUUUUUCGUUCAGUUUCUAUUCUUCCAUCUCUCGCAACUUUCGAUAUUGUCACGACUCCAGAGAAACCGAUUGUAUCAUCACACUCGAAACGCUUUUUUCUUUUUCCAUUAAAGGCGUGGUUCGUUCGAAUGUCAUUUGCGAAUGAUACUUUGUUAAUCCCAUUUGCUUUGUUUCUAAAUAAAUCGAAUCCCCCACCCAA